GGUGAGGACAUGCACGCUCUUUCCGCGGCUACUUCUAGCAGUAGUAGUAGUGCGGCACCAGCUUCUUCCUCUUCGGCAAAUGAAAAUUUGACCACUACAGCGGCUGCCUCUAGUAGUAGUGCGGACGUCAACUACAUUCAUAGUAGUGCUACCAUCUUCCAAGAAGUAGAAGGAAAACGAAAAGGAUCAAGACCUGCCCCUCUCUUGCGACCCGGAGAUGAGAAUCAAGCGAUGUUGAGAGAAGAGGGACAGGCCGCUGCUCCGGCGGAACAGCCACUUCCAGUAGACCACUCGGAGCCGGUGUUGCAGUCACCUCCAGUGGCAGCUACAGCAGUUGAACAUUUGGAUAAAGCGCCAGCAGAAGGAGAAGCAGCAGCACCUUCUGUCGUCAAAAACAUGAUGAGCAAGCAGGGAAAUAACUCCUACAGCAGUUCCUCUGUCAUCAGCAAAGUGGAGGAAGUGGAACAGGUAUCUUCUGUACUCUCAGCUCCUUCGUCAUUUUUACAACAACAACCACAGAGCUCCACGAUUAGCGGCACCGAAGCUGCACCAGCCACUGCAGCUUCUCCAUCAGCCGAUGAGGAACACCAGCUCGACGACGAUUCUGAUGACCAAACCGAGGUGAGUAAACUGUUGAGAACCAUCGGGCUCGAGCUGAAAAAGCCGAUGGACAAAUUCGCGGCGGUUUUGGCGGAAAAUUGGAUCGAAACAUUGGAGGAUUUACAAGAAGUUCCGGACGAACAACUGAAGGAGUGGAAAUUCCCUUUUAAACUAGUGCAGAAAAUCAAACAAGGAUUGAAGAAAGGCGCAGGUGCUGGUGCACGACCCGGUAGUAGUUGUACAACGACCACAGGUGCAACUUCUGCCGAGACAACUGUAGUUGCAGCUCUUCUUGGGCCGUCGACAGCAGCACUUCAGUCAUCUGGGAUGACCACUAGCAAUGCCUCAGCUCCUCUCCAGCAAAACAUUCACCAGCAGGAACUUGCAGCGCAACAAACCAUUGUUCUAAACGACAAGCAGCAAGAAGAAAUGCAAGUCGCGUUGCUGAAACGGGAAUUGCAACACCGCGAGUUGUUGGCAUUCGAGCAGCAAGGUGUUGCGAGCAUGCAUGACAAAGAUUCAUCCUUCUCCUGUCAGCAACUUAAUAACCAGACCGCAGAAUUCUCCACCAUGUCGAUUUCUUCCGGCCCGUUGACGGCCUGUUCGGAGCCAACUACGAGCGGAACAGGGAAUAUGAUUCAACAGCAGAUGAUAAACAAUAUGGCAACUACAACAUCAAAACCGAAUCAUCUUCGCGACCUACACAGCACCAACCUCCGGUUACCCGGCGAGAAUACUUCUACGCGGACAACGUCUUCGGAUGUGGUGAUUCAACCAACUACAUCGGAAAGUAAACUAGACUCCAUUGGCCUUUCAAAUAACUCCAAUUCGGCCGGUCCACCGUCACAUUUUCUCCAGCCCACCGCAACGGCCCACGAGCAGCAGGAACCUUUAGUCGAAACGGGCCCUCACUACCCGCACUUCGCGCACGAGAUUGAGUCCUGUUUCCCGGAACUGCAGGGGAGCAACCGGGCUGCGAACAUAGUGCCGAGUAUCAUCGAGGAUUUGUCCCGGUUUAUCACCGAGGAGGUGCAGCACGAGCUCGCGGAUCACCCGUUAAUUACUACGGGGCCGGACGGAACCACGACAUCAACCGCGCAAGAUGUGCAGUUGGAGUUCGAAAUCAACCCGAUGGGGGACGACCGGGUGGUCACCAUUGAGAGCCACAUUGAGCAGACGCCGCGCACUUCCAUUCUGGAUAAGCCGUACUCUGGGAAUAGGGAAAAAAUCAUCCCGGAAGCAGACGAUGUCUGUCUGUUGCCGGACGAGUUUGGUAGUUGUACCGCUCGUGAUCAACAUCUACUUCCAGGAAGUAGUUGUACUAACACUAGCAGCAAUUAUUCUUGCGACGCGCAGCACCAGCUGCGGUUGCCAACCUCAACCUCGUCCGCGGUGUUUGUAAAUCCCGCGGCGCACCAGCAAAUGCAUGGUUUUUCAUCUACUUCUCAUGGAACAACAACUGCAAGAGGGAGAACAGCCGCGGGUGGCGCUGCAAAUGGUACUACAACCUCUAGUACAAGUGGUGUUCACCUUCCCCUGCAAAUCCAGAACCUGCUGAACAAUCCAAUUCAUCAUCAUCAAAAUGGUGGUCCUCCUCUUCGCAGCUGCAAUGGUGGGGGUAUGAACACAAACAGCUCUUCCAAACGAGGACAGCACCCCAGUUCUUCGAAACACGGUAAGAACAAUUAUGCGGUCCUUCCCGGGUCGUUGUAUAAUCAGCAACAAGGCGCCGUACGCGUCGCAAGCGCUUCCAACAGCGGCAGAAACACACACAAGUCCUCCGCUGCGGGCAGCACGGGGAACAACAGCCGGAAAAACUCCGCACAGUCACAUGCAGUGGUGUUUGGCGCUGGUGGGAAUGGUGCAGCAGCUGCAGCGCAUGGUACUAGUUUUAUUCCGGCUGCUGGUGCUGGUGCUGCUGGUGCUGCCCAUGGCGGCGGGUUUAUGCCUGCCAAUGCGGCUGGCUACAACAUGUUGGGAGGUGGAAAUAACAACUACCCGCCCGCCGGCUCGUUCCACCGUCCGACGGGGGAGCAGCUGCGUAACCAGGCUCGGCAGGAGCAAUUGCGUGCUUUCGAACGGUUGGAGAAGGAAAAGGAACUGCGGGAAAAGGAGCAGGCUGCGGAACGGGAGAGGCAGGCGAGUUGCGCUCUUGCAGCUGAUAUCAAAUGCAAAAAUGUCUUGUUCUGGAAGAUUCCGAAACUUGUCAUGCUAGUCUGGCAUGACUCUGAACUCUGUAUUGCAUGGCCGCGAAGAGCUCCUACUUCCUGUUAUGCAAAAACGCAGUUUCUCAUGCGGAGUACGCAACUCAGAACCAUGAAAAAAAAAUUGUCAUGCCUGGCAGCGCAUUACAGUGAGCUCACUACUGCCUUCCUUGCAUCACAAGUUUCCAGACCCAGACAUAUUUGCAUUUGAUAGCUGAGAAAGAACAUCAACAGCACCAAUCUGGAGCAACGCGUGCUGUUGGUUUAGCCCACAGUAACCGACACGCUGAUCUUCACGCUCCCCAGGGCAGCGGGAACAAGAAGACGAACAAAAGCAGUCUGAAGCAGAAGAAGUCAACCACCCCCGGAGGAGCCGCGGGGCAAGCUCAACCUGCGGCAACUACAACUCGGACUUCUCUGGGCGAAAAGGCGAAAAACGCACGGAAAGUGGCCCAGAACAUAAGAGGCAGGAGAAGUGCGCAGGACAUUGCAGCCGGUCGUGGUGGUGUGCAGAAUGUCAAUAAACAGCAGGGUGUAGCCACUGGUUUGUCUAGCAGUAAGAACAAGAAAGCAGGAAGUACUGGUCUAUCUUCAGGAGGUCUAUCGGCUCCUCCACCAGCCGGGGGACAAAGUGCGAAAAGCAAGAAGUCCCCCGCUGCGGCCUUCGUUGGUAAUACUACUACUACAUCUGAGCAGGCUGACCGGCUGGCCAGUAAAAAACACAUGA